CCCUCAAAGCAAUCGUUCUCUUCAUUGAAUCCAUUCCCACCAUGUCUCUCAGAGCAAGAACUAGAAAUCCAAAUGAUCCACCCCAACACCACAACCAUGAAACACAAGAAAAACAUAAAGCAAAAGAGCCUCUAAUUUCUAUUGGGCCCAGCCUUAGCCAGAGGGCUCUUUCUCAAGCCUUGGCUAGCACUGCCAACUUAGCCAAGCUCCUACCGACCGGCACCCUCCUCGCUUUCCAACUUCUCACCCCGAUCUUCUCAAACAAUGGAGCCUGCGACUCUACGACCCGCUCUCUCACACAACUCCUCCUCCUCUUCCUCGCUUUCUCUUGCUUCCUCGCCUCUUUUACCGAUAGUUUUCGCUCAAAUGAUGGCCAACUCCAUUACGGAUUGGCCACCCUCAAAGGAAUGUGGCUCUUUGAUGCCCCAUUAGAACGAGGGCCAACGCAAUGGAUCGCACCGGAAUUAAACAAGUACAGGCUCAGGUUCAUAGAUUUUGCUCAUGCAGUCACUUCGGUGUUGGUUUUUGGUGUGGUGGCCCUUCGAGAUAGGAAUGUGAGGAGUUGUUUGUAUCCGAAUCCUGAUCCCGAGGAGCAAGAGGUACUGAAUAUUGUUCCAAUCGGAGUUGGGUUGAUAUGUAGCCUGUUGUUUGUUGCUUUUCCGACCACACGACAUGGUAUUGGAUACCCUGUUACUGGAAAACCUUGAUCAAAUAUUUUCCAUGCUCGUCACAAAUGCGUUUUUUUUUUUUCCGUCUCGAAACGAUUGUAAUUUAUUAAAUUUUGAAUACAUUGAUGGCGUAAUUACGAUAAAUGUAUAUAUCACUCUUAAGAUGAUAAGAGAAAGAGGGGGUUGAU